AUUAUUUUAUGUUGUUUGUGUUAUGUUAUGCUACGUUAAAAUUUAUCGGUUGCCAUCUUACCUCUAAUUCUGGCUGGCUAACAAUGGUAGGUAAAACCAGGGCGACUUGUUUGACUGCAUAGUCAUCUCCUUCCUGUUGGAUCAGGGGCUGGUGGGACUUCAGCUCCCAGAAUUCCCCAGCCAGCAGAACUCUGGGAGUUGAAGUCCAACAGGCUCCAAACGGCCAAGCCCGGAGACUCCUAGGUUAGAUUUUGCAUUCGUUUAGGGGCUUCUUUUUUGAGAAGAGGGGCUUUGAACUGGGCCGAGGAGAAAUCUGGCGUGCUAGCAAUAGCCCCCCCCCCCAAGAUGGAGGGCUCGGCCCGCGAUUCAAAGACCUUUGCCGCCAGAGGAAACCUAACCCUGCGCAUCUCCUGGUGGUGUCUUUUCUCAGGAAAGCCGCAGCAGCUCGCCAAGCCGCUUGUGACGGAUGGCCCGGCUCCCACUUGGUCAGACUUCCUCCGUACCAAACUCCACCCGCGCACCAUCCUGACCAUCCAUGAAUACAACCGCGAGGAGGAGUCCGGCCGGCUGGAGGCCUUCGGACAAGGAGAAAAACUCCUGCAGGACAGCCGGUACCUCGAGGAGCUGGAAGAUCGGCUGCACUUCUACGUGGAGGAGUGCGAUUACUUGCAG